CAAGGUGCUCUAGUCACUUACAACUUAAUUAGCUUCCUCCUGUAGAUACUCUGGGUAAACCACUGAGCUGCUUGUUCAAGAGCAAAAGAAAAGGACUUGAGGUGAGCUACCACCUUGUAGAUGUGCACAGUGUUGAAAGUGGAUUACUAAAUCAGGAAGUGAAGACAACUUGCACACUGAUGGCUGAAAGCAAAAUAAAAUACCGGUUUGUGCUACCGAAAAACGUGUACUGUGGAGGGCAGACCAUCAAAGGACAGCUGCACAUUGAGUCUCCCUCGCCGGUGUUAUUGUCAAACCUUCAGGUUCGCUUGAGAGGUCGGGCCAAAGUUCAGCUCGUGCGCGAAGAAAACGGAACUACGAGGACACUGUACCAGACCCAGACCUACCUCGACAAACGUCUGGGUGUACAAGACAUGCAGAGGCUUCCAGAGUCAGACAACUUACCACAGGGCACUGGCUUGUUUGCCUUCGAGUUCCUCCUCCCUCCUGGGUUACCUCCUUCGUUUACAAGUCCCUUGGGAGGGUGGCCCAUCUGUGGAGACACCAUCUUUCAAAUGGGAUUGGUAGAGGAGGAUUACAUUAUUAGCCAGUGUGGAUUCCUUUGCUAUUGUCUGGACUUACUGAGACGUGACAGAGGGAGAGAAGUUAUACGCUUUCGACAGUUGAUCCACAUUAUCACAAGACCGUCUCUUGGCGUUGAUGCUUCUGCAAGUCAACCAGUGGAGCGAGAACUGCAUCAUGCACGCCAUUGGUUCUGCUGUGUCGCCAGCAAAGACAUCCUCUUCAAGGCCUGGCUGGACCAACCGGAAGUGAUCAUGGGGGACAAAAUACCUUUCCACGCAGAAAUCACCAACAACUCGGACAUCUUUGUCAAGUCGUCUUACAUCACCCUCAUAGCGACUUGGGUUUUCCACGCUAUGGACGAGACAGAGGUAAAGUCUGAAAAGAUUAAGUCCUUCAAGAAAGUGAAGCGAUGUGCCAUUCCACCCGGCGAGAGCAUGACUUGGGGUGACAAUGACGAACCGUUGGUGCUGCCUGCAGACCUGACUCCAACUGGUCCUCCUAACUGCUCUAUCAUGGAGGUUUCAUAUGAAUUGUCAUUUACUGUCGUACCCCGAGGAAUGUUCAGCAGCAUGAAGGUCCGGCUGCCUAUAACCGCCACGUUUGGUUUAACACAAAGCGACCGGGAGAGACUGGCGGCCGAGACUAGUCAUGGCAAUGCCUGAAAUACAGUUUGCAGGGAGGCGGAGGUUCAGAGAACACAGACUCCAAAGACAUCGAAGCGAAUGUAGCUGACACUCCACAUCGUAUGAGAAAAAAACUGGAUCCUGUCACAACUUUUCUGAUGUAGUUUGACUUGUUAAAUGAUGUUAAUUUUGUAGUUUACUUUCCACGGAUGCUUUAUUUAAAACAAAAAACUUUUCUUACAUUUAUUGUCUACAAUUACCCUUAAUUUUUAGUUUGUUUCAUCGUAAACAUUCCACCUUCACUGUAGUCUGCUUUUUUGCUUUAAAAUCUUUAUUUAAAAAUGCUGUUGGAAAAUGUUUGUUAGGAGAACUAGCUAAUACAAAGUAAUUAAAUCUUUUACUCUUAAUUAAGUCAUCUGUAUUGCUGUUUCUUUCAGUUGCCUGAGGGAUAUCAGAUGUUGGUACUUUCUGUAAUGUGACUUGAAUGGUUGUCCCUAGGCUACCACCAUGAACAUAAAUGUUAGUUAUUAUUAAUUUCGAUUCAUAUCAAUUCUUGGCAGCGUUCUUAGCUCAAACAUAAGCUGAUCAUAUCGUCAGGGUUAAUGUUAAAUUAAUACAAAAUUAGUAAUUCGUAACUAGAUAAUUAAAAAUCUCGUAGAAUUAUUAAUAACAGCAUAAUUAUUGAGGACAUUUGGGUAUUAUAGUUGGGCUGUUACUUGCAGCCGUGCACGUUAAUAAAUAUUACCGGACGCCACACACACACACACAGAGACAGAUAUGGCAAGGGAAGUAACUACCAAAUGUUUAUGAUAACUUUGUUAUUUAUUACCUCCCGUGGUUCUUGUGAGACCAAGCUUCUGGUAAAGAAAACAAAUUAUUUUUAGUUAUAAGAUUUUUUUUUUUUUUUAAAUAAAAACGUUAAUUUGAACAGUCUGCUUUCAUUUAUAUUAUUUCACGAGAGACGCAUGUCUCACUGAUUGAUUGACUAACUUUGAAACCAAAAAGGUUCCUCUUCAUACGAGCUUAUAUCCUCGGAAGA